GUGUAAAUUUAAAGACCCCGGCUAACCUUCCUUGGCUAAUUGAAUCUAAAGCUAAUAAAUUGAGCACUAAACCCACGUUUCUAAAUGAAGCCCCAACUGGUGAAUUGAGCGCUAGAACUACGAUCCUGAAUGAAACUCCAACUAAUGAACCAAACUUUGAAACUACAAUCCAAAACACACCUCUGACUAGUGAAUCGAGUGCCAAAAUUACAGCCCAACCUGAAACUCUAACUGAUGAAUCAGGUAUCAAAACCACAACCCAAAAGAUUGCCACAUGGGUCAAAAGCAGUAGAAGAAGGAAAACAACGACUACAAAACCUUACCUUAGAACAAAAGAACAUACAAAAGUUACUAAUCUUGCAAAAAAUGCAUUAAGACAAAAGCAAAAUAAUGAUACUCCUGAUUCAUCCGCAUCUUAA